AUGUCCGGUCCCCAGCCCGGCGGCGGGCCCGCGCACUCGCGGGGCGUGAGUGUGGGUAAUGGCCCCCCCAGCGCAGGAAUGGCCGGUCCUUCCCAGCCCAUGCCGCCGCAAGGUGGUGUGCCUCCUGUGGGAGCCGCUCCCGGCGGCACAGCCCAGUCGUCCCAGAACCUGAACCACAUUGUUCUGGAAUACCUUAAUAAGAAGGGUUACAACCGCACCGAAGCUAUGCUGCGCAAGGAAUCCGCUAAUCAGGAUGCCGAUGGCCGCCCCAUCGUCACCCGCGCUGAAGAUCGCGGUGGUGGCCAAUACGAAAAAGCCUUCGAACUGCUUCGUGCAUGGAUCGAAGACAACCUUGAACUCUACAAAGUAGAGCUGCGGCGACUGCUCUGGCCUAUCUUUGUCUACUCCUACCUCGAGAUGCACAGGGAGUUCUACCAAAGAGACGCCAGCAGCUUCUUCAGCAGAUACAAAGACUCUUUCGUCCAAGAACAUGACCAGGACGUUCGCCAGCUAUCGACAAUAAGCCUUCCGGAGCACGUUGCGGACAGCCAUAUCGCAGGAAUCUACAGAGGCAACAAGUAUCGUCUGACGCUGAGCAACAUGGCCUUCAACAGCCUCAUUCAAUAUCUGGAGUCGAAGGAAAGAGAGGGAGGCUCGGUCAUAAUCAGCCUCAUGAACAAGUUUAUGAACAUCAUAACGCAGGAUCGUACUGCAACAGGCAACGAGAGGAGCUUGGCUGCCAUGAUCGCUCGUGGCAGCGUAGAAGAGGAUCUGCCCGCCGAAGAUGAGGGCAUCCCUGGUCACAAUCCUGGUUCAGCCAAUACAGACAGAAACGCACCGCCGGUCCUCGCGAAGCUGCAGCUUGGGACGCUCCCCAUGGAGCCAGAGCUGAUGGAGGACGUGAGAGCCGAACUCCAGGAAGAGGAUAGCAAGAAUCCCCCAAGGCCCGGCCAAAACUCUCUUGUUGAUGAGUUUGAACAACGCAUCAAGCGCGAAUCGACAGAAGAGGCGCCGACUCGUGAAACAGUUCCUUUGCCACCUUCCCUGGCGCGUGACGUCUUGAUGGAAGUUCAGAAGGUGAAGGAGAACCGUGACAGGUUCAAGAUUGAAGGUCGCACUGGAGGCGUUGGCCCUGGUGUCAGUGUUUGCAUGUUCACAUUCCACAACACAUUUGACAGUAUCAACUGCCUCGACUUCUCCGGUGACAAUGAGUUCGUUGCCGCGGGCAUGCAAGAGUCGUACAUUCGCGUAUGGUCGUUGAACGGCAAUGCGCUACCGUCAGUGAACCCGAAUGAUAAGCCAUCUGCCUCCAAGCGUCUAAUCGGCCACUCUGGUCCCAUCUACGCCGUCUCCUUUUCGCCAUCCACGGCCAACCCUGCCUCUGGAGGCCCAUCGACCCGCUCCAAGUAUCUGCUCUCCAGCUCGGCGGACAAGACGAUCCGCCUGUGGUCUCUGGAAACCUGGACGUGCGUGACAGCAUACAAGUCGCACAGCGGGCCUGUCUGGGAUGUCAAGUGGGGUCCUUUCGGACACUAUUUCCUUACUGGAUCUCUGGACCGCACAGCGCGCCUUUGGACGACAGACCACAUCGCACCGCACCGGCUGUACGUUGGGCAUGAUAACGACGUCGAUUGUGUGGAAUGGCACCCGAACGGUGCUUAUGUGUUCACGGCGUCCAGCGACAAGACUGUACGCAUGUGGCACAUCAACGGCAACCCGCUGCGGAUGUUCACCGGCCACACGAGCAAUAUCACGGCGCUUGCUUGCUCCCCAAGCGGCAAAAAGCUUGCUAGCGCCGACGACUCGGGCAACAUCAUCAUCUGGGACAUUGCGGCGGGUUUGCGUAUCAAGCGGAUGCGCGGCCAUAGCAAGGGAGGCAUCUGGUCGCUCUCCUGGAGCGUCGAAUCGUCGGUCAUCGUGUCGGGCGGUGCUGACGGCACGGUGCGUGUCUGGGAUGUGCUCCAAGAGACGCCCGAGACUCAGAGCGCCAAUGGCAAGGUGAUUGCGGAAGGCGGCGCGGGCACCAAGAUGGAUGGCAGCGGCGGAUCGGGAGCUGGUGCUGCGAACAAGAAGAAGGCGAAGGAUGUUGUCGUCACGGCAGAUCAGAUAAGUGCCUUCCCCACCAAGAAGAGCCCGGUGUACAAGGUGGAGUUUACGAGGAUGAACUUGGUUUUGGCGGGCGGGGCGUACAUGCCCUGA